CACACACACACACACGCACACACACACAUUCCCAUCGACAACCAUAGAACAUCAAAUCAGUGCCUUGUAGUGUUGCAUCAGAGGAGAGGAUGGAGAAGCACACGAUCCGGAUCAUUGCGCUGGCCCUGCUAUUUGUACACCUCCUAUGCUCUGCCACCAUAGCGCAAUGCCGAACAAUUGCGGCCAGCGUGGACAACGACGAUAUCCCUGAAGUGAGCUAUAGUUGCAAGAAAAAGUGCUCCUUCUUCAAUUGUUGCGCCUGUUGUAUUCUUACUGACUGGUGCUACACAAGUUUCCCAAGGUGCGCUAGAAACUGCGGGGAACCCUUCUCGCAUUCUGAUGAAAUGCUAGCCGCGGCGACGGUGACCUCUGAAACUAUGCCGACCAGGUCUGCAGUACACACAGAUGGCUUCAUGCGAGGCAUCGUCCCAAAUGAGUUCGGCAAUUGUCGUGUUUAGUAUAGCAUCGUUGCUAUCCUAAAUAGCUAUUGCAGUUUUAUUUGUCAUUUUUUGUUUGAAAUUUUUUAUUUCCAAUUAUUUCUGGCUAAGUUAUAUCGUACAACAAGUAAUGUGAGGCCUAAAACAAGUGUC